CAUCGGCAGCUUUCCUUUUUGUUUGGUCCGAGAGCGCUACCUCCCACAUCUGCUCCACUGCACACGGAAAGUGUCCAGUUACUCCCCCCCCCAGCACACGCACACCAAUUUCGGCAAUGUAUCUGCCACUCGUGCUCGCUGUCACGCUGGCAGCGGCCCUGACCAACGGUCAGCAACCGUGCGACCCUAGCGUCACCUGUCCCACGUUCAACUGCACCCCGCACCCGAACUGCCCGGCCAAGGAUCCGCUUCACCCGGUACAGCUACCGCACAGUGACUGCACCAAGUUCUACAAGUGUUCCGGCGGCAAUGCCUGCGAGCAGCUGUGCCCGGUCGGACUGCACUACAACGCGCGCGAACAGUCGUGCGACUGGCCGAACCGUGCCUGCUGCGACCCGAGCAUCGAGUGCGGUCUGCCGGACGUGCCGGCGAACGAUUGCGUGCCCAACCCGAACUGUCCGGCCUCGUCGAAGGACACGAUCCUGCUGCCGCACGUCAACUGUGCCAAGUUCUACAAGUGCUCCGGACCGUUCGCCUGCCCGAUGGACUGUCCGCCGCUGCUGCACUUCAACCCGAAGCAGAACGCUUGCGACUGGCCCGAGCGAGCCUGCUGCGAUCCGACCGUGCCGUGCGAUCCGUGCAUCCCCGGCGUGACCUGCCCCCCGGGACCUGGACCCGUUCCUACCCCAGCUCCUACUCCUGUCCCGACUCCGGCUCCUACUCCGGCCCCUACUCCGGCCCCCACCCCAGCUCCCACUCCCGCCCCGACUCCCGCCCCGACUCCCGCCCCAACUCCGGGACCUACGCCCGGUCCGACGCCAUCCGCGCCAGGCGAGUGUGAUCCAGGAGUCACCUGCCCGCUGAACUGUGUCCAGGAUAUGCGCUGCCCGCCGCGUGACGGUUCCAAGCCCAUUCUGCUGCCGGCCAGCGUCUGCACCAAGUUCUACAAGUGCCAGUCGGGCCGUGCCUGCGAGUUUGACUGCCCGUACGGGCUGCACUUCAACGAGAAGUCGAUGGUGUGCGACUGGCCGCAUCAGGCCUGCUGCGAUCCGACGAUCGAGUGUGUACCGGCCUGCAUCCCUGGCGUCACCUGCCCUUAGGAAUCCGUCGUCCGUGUCGGUACUGCUGCCAGACGUAUGGAUCACAUUCAUUAUUAAUACAUACAACAACAACAACAACAAAAAACACACACACACAUACACACACUGACAAACAGUUGGAGCAUUGUGAUUCCCUAAUGAGCCGUAUCAAUAAAGUAGAGCAAAUGUGAAUGAAA